AUGGACCCUCAGCUCCCCAACAAGAACGAGAUCCGUGAGCAGGCAGCCGAAGGCGAGCCCAUCACCCAGACCCAAGCCUCGACUCUCGCAUCUGCCGAGACCGACCUCACGGGCUUCGGCCCCAUCAAGGGCGGCACGGCGGCCACGGCACAGAGCAUGCACGACAAGCAGCAGAACUUCAUCGCCAAGACAGGGGAUGUGGCGCGAAAACCUGCGCAAGAAAUCACAAGGGAGGACGCUGCGGCGAUUCAGAGCGCCGAGGUAAGAUUUAUCUCAACCACACUGACCAGGAUGUGGCAAUUGUCUAAUCAUAUCAUGCAUGAACAGGCUCGCGUACUGGGCGGUCGUCCACCCAAGGGGUCGGCGUCAGCGAAUGCGCAAGCACUCGCUACUGAAAACGAAAAGCAGAAGCAGACAUAG